GUUUACAGUGUUUACCCCCAGCAUAUUUUUAGUCAAAUAUUUAUUUAUGCUAUCUAUAAUAAUGCGUGGUUUCCUGUUCUGUUUAAUUAAAAUAAAAACGCAAUAAUUCUUAAAUGUUAUUAUCUAAUAAUUGAGUGAAGUUCCAUUCAUAAGAAAUGUCUAAAAGCCCGGAAAAAGAAACCACCCCGAAAUGGCUUCAUCCAUCAGACGUAAUGAAAAUGCACAAAUUGAAGCAGAAGAAAAAGGCUUUACAAGCUAGAAUUAAAGGUAACACUCCAGAUUUAAAAAAAAUUAAUAACACUGCAUCAACUAAUUUUGAAAACGUGUUCACAAAUAAAAAACGCAGCAAUCCUUUUAUUAAAUGCAGCGCCCCGAAAAAACCGAAAAUCGAAACGAAUUUUUUCCCCGACGAAUCAACAGAUCAAACUUUAUUUAAACUUUUACACCAAAAUGACCCAUCGCCUAACAAUUCUUACACUUCGUUUAGCAACAUAUUCGGAAAAAUCGAGGUAGAAACGGUUGAAAUAGUCAAAGCGCAAGGAAAAACUUGGUUACCCAUCGAUUGGACUUUAAAAGAUAAAAUUAGAUUGAUCGCUUCGAAACCUUUUCCUUGGAAUCAGAAAUUGAAGGUUAGUGAAGAAGCCAGUGGUAUUACAGCAUUUACUAGAUGUUUAGGUGAUGAAACUGAGAAUAAUUUAGAUUCGUCACCAAACGCGAAGUUUCAUCAAUGUUGUUUAUAUUUUAUCCAACCUAAUCUACCUUGGUUGCAACUUUUUCCUAGGAAUUCCAACAAAGUACAAAGUACCAAUGGUGUAGCUGUAAAUUCCGGUAUGAAAGAAGGCUUGCAUCAAGCGUGGUGCGACAGUUUAAGAUCCCUCUUUCAAUUAGUCAGGACUAGACAGUGCCCGUUCUUUUACGCGUGUGCUAAUAACUUUACUGUACUAUUUCGUGCGGCUGGAAUCAGUGGAUUUACAGAUAUUCACGUACUUGUAACACCGACUACUAGAGGAUUCAGACAUUUGUUGAAGCAAGAGGAAAUUGAGUUCACUAUGCCUCUGAAGAAUAAAAGAAUGUCAGAUCAGGGGUAUGAGACGUGGGAUUCCGCUGUUAGCGAGUCGACGGCUGAAGUGGAGGAAGAAGAAGAAGAUGCGCCUGAUGAGAGUUGGAUGAAAAGUAUGGGAAUUAAUGAUGCUGAUAUUAAGCAAAUUAAUUACAGUCAGGACAGAAUGAUCCACAAAGCCGAAUGCGAAGUAGACAACAGCGAACAAAGUCUAGUCAUGAUAGAAGGAGUCGAAGUUCACAGUUUCUACAACUUCAUUUUAAACUGCAAAAGUUCCACCGCCUUCACCGGACCGUUAGCGGGUAUUCCCCCCACGCUUCUCGCUCCAGUAGCCUUCAACGGAUCAUCACUACAGUCACUGAAAGUCCGGGAAAGCAAAGUAAACAAAGACAACAUCAAUUUUUAUUCGUUAGAGUUAUCUGGUCCGAUUUUACCGAACAUGAUACACAAUUUGUUCGCUUUGAACCAACCGGAACACAGUUUAACUGCCACUUUUAACAAUUUGAAAUAUACGGAGUGUUUUAGUAAAGUGAAAAACACGGAACGUAGGUCGGUGAUUGAUAAUCGAGGAACUGUAGUUUUCGGUAAGGAAAAUUUAUCGGAUUGCGGUUUGUUACCGCGGGUGCUGAAGCAUUUUUGCGCACCGGAGCAGGAUUAUGUAAGUAACGUAGAGUGUUUGAAGUAUACUAGUGAGAAUAAAACUUUCACUUGGUCAUAAAAGUUUGUAAAUAUAGUAAUUUUAAGUGUUUCAAAGUUGUUACAUGUACAUAUUGAAACUGGUUAAUAUUUUAACUUUCCUCGAAUGCUUUUUGAAAAAUAAUUAUUAAUAAAAGGGUUAUUAAAUUUUGACAACAAGAUUAAAGUUAUUAAAUAAUUCAUUCAUGCAACUCUAUUAGUGGCAUUCAUUAUAAUGACGUUUCAAUCUUUAAGGUUUUACACGCGAGUAAAUUUAAAGAUAUGUAG